AUGGGGACGCCGAGCGGCCCGGGGGAGGGGUGCCAGCCGCCUCCGGUACCGGAGUGCGACGCGGAGGACCGGCCCCAUGGGGCUACGCAGCCCCAGGUGCACGCGGGGGACACCCACAAGCCGGAGGCGCCCGAGGUCCCCGAGGCCCCCGAGGAGCCCCAGAGAGUGAAGGAGCUUCCCAGCGGCCGAGGAGCUGAGCAGCAGGCUGAGGAAGAGGAAGAAGUGGGAGAAGGCAGCAGCACGGAGAGCAGCCGCGACGCGGGGGAGGCUCCGCCCCCAGCACAGAUCCCAGCCACGGCCCCCGCAUCCACCCAGCCUGGAGAGAAGGUGCGAGGGGCCGCGCGGCGGCUUCGAGAGCAGCAGCUGGAGGCACUGACCCGCGUGGCCCUGAUGGAGCAGCGAGUGAAGGAGCUACAGCGCCAGAGGAAGGAGCUGAGGAUCGAGAUGGAGGUGGAGGUAGCCCUUCUGCGGGGUGAGCUGGCUGGGGAGCGAGUGGCUGCCCGGCGCGAGGAGGAGCAACUCCGGGAGCUGCUUGGACAGCAGGUGGAAACGGAGCAGGGCAGCCGGGAACAGCGGGAACAGGUCUGGUCCUGCUGGACCUUCACCACCAGUUUCCUUCCUGUGGGACGGAUAUUCCUGGUGGUGCUCCUGGGACCCGAGCCCCAGGGUUAUCCCCGUUCCCCAACUGCCAUCUGCUCCCCCAGCGCCUUGAGCUGCUCCUCUAAGACCUGGAUCCGGCGCUGCAGGGCACACCCGAGUGACCUGGUCACUCAGCUGCCCCAGGGCUCCCGGCUGGCUCCCACAGAGCCAAGUCCUCCUCGAGAGCCCGGGACCGAGACAGACCCCCAAGAGAAAGAUGCAGAGAAAAGAGACAGGAUGCGACAGAACGGAGACAGACAGAAGCUGUUGAGCGCCGUCCCACCAUCCUGCUGCUGCGGUUGGUGCAAGGAUGAUGUGAGUGACCUCGUGCAGAACACCCAGGAGAGGGCCUGGAACGUUCCCCCAGGUGACAUCCAGGCGCAAGGCGGGUAUGAGAUCCACGCAGGCUCCAUCGGCCUCCAGAGGACUGGAAGCCUGCCCCGGAAGAGGGGAGAGAGAGCGAGCCAGAGGGGAUCCCCCCGACCUCUAUCCCUCCACUGUACUGGACCCCUGCAGGCCUCGGCCCUCCCAGCAACAUCGGAAGACUCUGGAAGACACCCACUCUAUCAGCUGCUGAACUGUGGCCCUGGGAACAGCUGUGGGGCCCUCCACCCAGACAUCGCCCGCAUGGAGCGGCUCCUGCAGCAAGCUGUGGCGGAAAGGGAGCGACUGCUCAAGGCCAGGAGCCCCAACCCUCGCCUGACGUUCUGCGUGAAAACCUACGAACGCCUCUUCUACAUGGUGGCACCGAGCCCCGAGGCCAUGCGCAUUUGGAUGGACGUCAUCGUGACCGCCGCGGACGAGAAUCACGCCCCCUGAGGGGCCCCGCCCUCCCGGG